UCUUAUAAUUUGCGAGUGCUAAACAAAAUCUUACAUUACGAAUCAGUGGGGCACAUUGCAUCGAAGAGCAGGUUGUGCGGGACUCCCAAUACUUAUCGCAUAAUAAUUGGAAUUCCCGAAAUGAAGGAGAACAAGUGGUUGCUGCUCGUUCUAAUUUGGUUUGGAACCGUAACUUUUGGCGCCGGUCUUGACGCAUCAUGUGUAAAUCCAGAUGGACUACCUGGUCGAUGCAUCAGCAUCCGGAAUUGCGGACCGUUGAUGAAGAUUUACAAAAAAAGCAUCAUAACGCCUCUUGAGAGCAAGUUUAUUGAGAAUAGCCGAUGUGGAAUGUCUGCUGAGAAGGGCGCUCUAGUUUGUUGCGCGGCAAUACUUCCGCAGCCGCCAAACUGCGGAGCAGAAAUGGGCGAUCGUAUAUAUGGAGGACAAAAAACCGGCCUGGAUGAUUUUCCCUGGCUCGCUUUGAUCAACUACCGCUAUGAGAAUGACAACACUGAAUUUCUAUGUGGAGCAUCAUUGAUCAAUUCGCGCUACGUGGUAACGGCAGCCCAUUGUUUAGCGGACCAUGCUCAUAAGAAGCCAUUCAGCGUCCGCUUGGGUGAAUGGGAUAUCGACCAGGUUAUAGAUUGUGAUGUAGAUGAUGGCAAAACGUGCGCAAACGCUCCAUUAGACGUGGGCAUUGAGAAAAUCAUUACACACGAAGGUUACGAUCCACACGAUGACUCGUCCCAUAACGACAUUGCAUUAAUUCGCUUGUCCCGAGAUGUUCAGAUGUCGGCAUACAUUUCGCCAGUUUGUUUGCCCGUUAAAGAAAGCCAGCGCACUCGAAACAUUGUCGGCAAGAAAGCAUAUGUAGUGGGAUGGGGUCGCACGGAGUCCGGAGCCAACAGUAAUGUCAAGCUGAAGGUUCAACUGGAAGUGAAGGAUCUUCGGAGCUGUAGUAACGUUUACGAACUAGAAGGUAUCUUCCUGAGAGACACGCAACUGUGCGUCGGCGGAAUGCGAGGUCAGGAUUCUUGCACUGGUGACUCUGGAAGUCCACUGACGAAGCUGGAUAAGGCGAAUCACUAUCUGUACGGGAUCGUAAGCUUCGGUUCGAGCAAGUGCGGCGUCAAAGGAUUUCCCGGUAUUUACACUGCAGUGUCCAAAUAUGUCGAUUGGAUCGAAAGCAAUUUGGAAUGAAGUCAUUUAUUGAGACUUUUCGGGUUGACAUCAUUUCUGAUACUUAAGUACUUAUUUACAUUAGAAGCACCAUAAUAUACCACUGUAAGAUAGCAUGUAGUUUAGCGUGUACUUAUGUUGUCAAUUACUUAAAUAAAUAAAAAUACGUUUUCGAUCGUCUGCUGAUGGGCGCUGAACUUUC